GUCGGCAUUAGUCGGCAAACGAUCGACGAUCGACGACAUCGACAAACGACGACUAAAAAAAACGACGACGUCGCAUGGACUGCGAUUCUGCGGACUCCGUGCGCGAUUUUCAUUCAGUUUUCACUUAACUUCCCGCUCAGUUCUAAACUCACCCAUACACCUGUGCCAUCCGCUAUAUAGUUUCGACAUCCCAACCUCUGUACUGAGCCUCCAUAUCGGGGGGCAGAGACACUCCGAACUGCCCGGCAAUCGGGGCGGCAGUCAGUCAGUCAGUCCAGCGGAGAAGCUCGCUGGGAACUCAUCAUUACCCUUCGUAAUAAUCGUAAAUGUCAGUUACUGGACUGGUCGCUGUCGCGUCGCCGUCACGUAAUGCCCAUUCAAUUUAAUUUCAUAAUUAAUAAUUUUUUGGAAAUCUACGAAAGUGUUUAGAACGGAAAAAUUGUCGCCAGUUUUUCUCUGAUUUUCUUUCGGCAACCAAAAAGUAAAUCUCGUUGAGGAGCCACCACCACAAAAAUGGAGUCCAACAAACGCUCGAAAAAAGGACGCAAAUCGCGUGCAGGACCCGCUGACAACACUCAGAACGAACAGCAUCAUCCCUGGGACGAAGGGCAAGCACAGAGAGCAAUUCCCAGCACGGGUACAGCACUGACCCGAUUCCUGACCUGCAUGGCACCUGUGAUUGUGUCGCUACCAGGUGCUGGAACUGGCCCCACCACUGAACAGCCGACCAUACUCCUGAUCAACGGCAUAGCCAGCGACUCCCAGAUCGAGGACAGGCAGGAGAAGGCCGCCGCCUUGAAGCUAGCCCUCGACAAUAACCAUAUCGAAGCCCCUUUAGCCACAGUGCCCACUACACCGGGUGGCUCUCAUCUGCUCGACUUUGAAUCGCAUCUCAUCGAGAGCAUCGACGCCCACGAGACUACAGCCGGCGGCGUCGGCAUCAAGGAACUCCCGCCCAUCGAACAGGAACUGCAACAGGGCACCUCCAAGCUCGGCACCGACGAUGCAGAGCCCGUGAUCGAAGUAGAACCGGCUGGCUCGAAAACCCUACAGCCCAUUGAAGUCAUCCCACCGAGCCAUCAGAUCGCCGAGGUUGACGAAACGGCUAAUCCUCCAGAGCAACCCGACGAACAGGAAGUCCGUCGCACCGCCGAGCAGUUGGUGGAUGAAAUCGAGCGCGAGCUGAUUCAGGCUCUGAGUCGGGAUGUAGACCAGGCCCAGAAGGAGCACCAGGACCAGAUCCAGCGCGAUCGCCAGGAGCUUGGCUCACUCUCCCAGCAGGUGGAGGUGCAGCUGAACGAGCUGACCAGUAUCCUCAAGAACAAACCCCAGGCGGAGAUCGUAUUGGAGCUGCCCGAGGAGGACUCCAAGCAGGAUCAGCCGACCAAGAAGCCCCUGGUAGCCGCUUCCCAGGAACUGAAGCUGGUGGAGGUUCCCACUCCAAAAACCGAGGCCGAGGUGCAACAACGCAAGGAGUUCAUCGACUCGCUGCCCCAGAUCGAGCAGAAUCGCCUCCAGGACGGAUCGGAAGGAGAGACGGAUGCCCAGCGACUCUCGGCGGACUGUAAGCGAGAGUACUACCAGUCGCUGAAGAAGUACCUGCUCCAGAGCAGCCAGGACAGGCCGCCUGUGCCGCUCCAGACUUAUCGCUGGGAGGAUCUGCGUCGAGCCAAAGAACGGGGCGGCUAUCCGUGGACACAUCUGUACAAACGCCCAUUGGGACCCGACGAGCAGCCGGAAAUAGUGCUGCUCCUGCGAAAGUCCCAGGAACUGCGUUUCAGAUCUGAGUCACCCAAGUCCCUAAAGAAAGUUCGCUACGACGAGCAGGUGCUGGUUAAGGAGACCGAACGAUAUAUCCAGGACUUGUCGGAGGACGAGGCCGUAGCCACCACCACUGACGACGACAGCAGCAGCGAAUCCUCUGAUUCGGAGACUGAAUCCGAACGCGAUCGCAACAACGAGGACGCUCUGAGUGAGUGCAUCUCCUGUGUGUCGGACUCAGUCCUAGCUGUCGGAGGUCACGCCAGGCCACGCAAGACCAAUCGCUUGGCCCACAUCCGUGACCUUAUCCGACGCCGGCGCAGUGGUCGCACCCACGAGGACGCCCAGUCUCUGCCCGGCAACUCGGCGAAUCCCAGCCGGCAGAGUAGCCUGCACGAGCUAGCUCCCCCGCCGGGAUCUCUGAUCCCCAACACAGACAAGCCACCGAAGAGCAGCAAGCCCAAGACAGGAUUCGACAUCAUGAAGAAGCUAAAGAGCUUGGCCGAGCGCCAGAAGAAGCGUCUGAACAUUAAGAGGAUCACCCUGAAGAAGGACGAGAAGAUCGUCCUGGGAGAGCAACAGAAGAUCAUGCGACUGAAGGCUUCGCCCAAGUCGGAUCGCGGUGAGAUUCCGCACUUCAUCGAGAAGCAGGACUCGGACGAGAUCCUGGAGCUGGUGGAGUACGAUGAGUCGCCCUGCCGGAAGCGCACCAAAGAGGAGUUGCUGGAGGAUCAGCCGAGUGGCAGUGUCCCUCAGCCUGAGGAAAUCAUUGAGCUCCCGGUGGUCAAGACUGAACUGGAGGCUCCCACCCUGGAGAUCACUGAGCCCGCUGAGGAAAAAACUGAAGAACCGGAGAAGGUGGAGCAGCCAGAAGCUGAAGUCGAGGAUUCAGCUGAUCCGCCAAAGAAAACUCCACGAGUUCGUAAGGAACAUGUCUACGAGGAGAUUGGUCAGGCUGGUGUUCAUGUAGAGCAGCCCAUUUUGGAACUGGAAAGCCUCAAGAAAUCCCUGACUCGUCAAGACAAUCUCGCCAUCGACGACAUCGAGUCGGCCAAGGCUGUGCCUUUGGAUCGGAUGGGCAGCAGUGAGGAGGAGCAGGUGACCGCUGGCAAGCCGGGCGCCCUGCUGGCCCCCAUCUCCUCCAUAGACUCCACAUCCUCGGACGAGGAGCGGGCCCGCCAGGCUCAGCUCUCACCCGUAACGGAAGAGGAGACUGAGGAACCCGCUGCAGAGGAGGAACCACCACGUCCUGCCUUGAAAAAGGAGGCUUCUCCAGCCCCCUCGGACAAAAAAGUGACCUUCUCCCAUGUGGAAGAUGAGGCGGAACCGCAUCGUGAGGACGUUGAACUGCCGGAGGAUGUCCUGGAGGCGGCCGCCAAUGCAGCCAAGUCUAAGAAUGAAAGUGAUCAUGAAUACGAGCCCGUGGGCUCCUCGCCAGCGCCCAGCCCCCCAGUCGAACCCAUGGACAUCGACAGCGCCCUGAGUUCGGGUGGCACCACACCCCGCACCGAAUCUCGCACCGACUACGAAAUCCACACCAGCCAGGUGGACUCCAGCGCCCUGGAGGAGCUGCCCCUGCAGCCGGAGAACCGUCGCAAAGGAUUCAUGGCCUCGGCCCAGGAUCGCACCCGUAAGAUGCAGGAUGGCAUCCGCCAGCAGGCCGGAAAACUGCGCACCCGGCUGCAAACGAAACCAAAACCCAAGCCCGUUUCCGGUAGUCCCAAGGUCAAGGCCAAGGAGAGGAGGCGCUUCAAGGCCCCUGAGUUCUCCAAGAUCAAGAUGCCCGAGAUUAAGCGACCGGACAUGUCCAAGUUGAAGGACAUAAAGCGUCCGGAGUUCACAAAGUUCAGUAAGCCGGAUAUGUCCAAGUUCAAACUGCCGGAGAAGUUCUCCACCUUGAAAUUGCGACGCAGCAAGAGUUUCAAGGAGAACGAGGGUGAACUCCCGGUGGAGGAAUCACCCGAGGGCACCGGAACCCCUGCAUCCCCUAGUCAGGCCGCCCAGCCGGCGGCCCCAAAGAAAAAGUUCGAAUUCAACUUCGGCACCUAUCCGAGGGCAUUCAGGAAGAAGAAGGAGGAACCUGCUCCGCCGGUCAUGGAAUCUUCGCUGGGCACUGAAGGUCUAAGCCUCAGUGUGAUUCCCAGCACGGAGACCCAGCCUUCUCAGACUUCCACCAGUUCGCCGCAGGGAGAUCGUGGACCAGGACCAGUGAGAUCCCGCUGGGCGGACAAGUUCUCCGACGUGAGCUACAACGAUAGCGAGGGAUCUCGCUAUCGGCGAUACGGAAGCGAGCUGGAAUCCUAUGACCGGGAGUCCUCGCUGGAGCGGCGCAUGAAGGAAGACCUGGAGGGCACGGAGGACACGGCCAGUGAGCCCCAGCCCCAGCCCGAGAUGGGUAUCCUUGGAGGCGUGGCGGACAGCAAGCAGUUUGCCGAGUUCGAUGAGGAGAACCGUGCCAUCCACGAGAUCUCCAGCAAGAGAUCCCGGGAGUUCAAGCGGCGGCCCAUGGUGCACCAGGAUUCUGAUCUGCGUUCCGAGGACAGCCGUGAUGCGGAAGGAUGGACAGAAAAGGACAUCCAGAAGAAUAAGCUUCUUCGGAAAGCCGAGCUGGAGGCAGAAGCUGGCUUCUACAAGUUCCACGACCUGCAGGAUGCUCAAUCUACGGCUAGUUCAGGCAAAAAGGUGGUCAUGGAGACCAUUGACGACGAUGAGUUCUUCCUGCGCAAGCGCGGCAUCUCCGAGGACAACAUCCAGCUGCGGCAGUACAUCAGCGAGGCCAUCCGUGAGGGCUACGACAUGCCCAAUGCCCUCAAACACGUAGGAUACUCUGCGGAGCAGGUUCCGGCGGAGUACGGGGACUACGACGUGCCCCCCGCCAAACCCCGCCGCUUGCACAGGAACUACCAGCCGGAUUUCGAUUCCCAGGAGUUUGAUGACCUGUCCAUGUCCCAGAAUGGCAGCGACUUUGUGCCGAAGAGACCCCUGAGGAAGGCCAGGAGCCGCAGCAAGUACUCCAUCGAAGGCAGCCAGGAGCUGCCGAUAGCGGAUGGAGGUAGUAGCAUCCAGUACUUCGAAGACGAUGAGGAGUACCUGCGACCACCGCCCCGGGAAACAGAGCAGGCCCUCAACAACCUCGACCUGGAAGUGGAACGAAAGCAGCAACUGGCGGAGGAGCAGGACCUGGAGCCACCGCUACCACGUCCACAGGCUCCCAGACGCCAGAAGAAACGCACAAGGGACGACGUUUCCGUGGACAAGGACGCAGACUCCUUCAUCAAUGGCUUCGGUGGCAGAUCAGUAUCGAAUACCUUUUUGCAGCCACAGGAAGAUGUAAUUGUUUAUCGCACUGAGCACGAAUAUCGCCACGUACCGCUAGCCACGCCGGACACCUUCACGGACGGAACAUCGGCCCGCACCCAGCGCUCCGAGGACGAGCGCACGUCUCGCGGUGCCGACUCCUUCAUCCUGGACACGAAGACUAAGUCGGAGGAGGACAACGAGGAUGGAGUGCAACGCUCAAAGAGUGACGAAAGGUUCGUCAUCGAAAUGCUGGAGAGUGACGGCUAUGCGGUGGUGCGCAAGGAGCUGCCCAAACCGACUCCCCCGGCCCGCCGGAAGAAGUUCAGCCGGCUGCCGGGCGAGAGAUUCGCCACGCUGCCGAGCAUCCGCGGCUCUAGGGGAUCACCGCCCCCAGCUCGUCCGCCGCCGCCGGAGAAGUACGUGCCCACACAGGACUCGCCCGCCUUAAGUCUGGACGAGAUUCCCGCCAUGAUCAAGUCGAACUACGAGAAGGAGCACAAGCAGCUGCCGCAGGAGGAGGAGGAUGACUACGAGGAGCCGGGUCGCAGUAAUCUGCAAUCGGGCGAGGUCAUCAAUAAGAUGAAGUUCCGCCCGCUGCCGCCGCCACCGCGUCCCCCGAGGGAGAAACGGUCUGGCCGGGCCGGUAGCCAGACCCUGGAGAGCUACGAGGAUAGCGAGCACAUUGCCAGCUCCAGCCAGGCGGAUAGCUACGACCAGGGGGAAUUUGAGGUGGAGGUGUCUACCCAAACGGAUCCGCUGCCGGAUGACUUUGUGUGCGAGGAGUUCGAGAUCACCGAGGACAUGAAGAUCAUUGAGCCGCGUGUUGGAGGAGCUGGCAAGACCUUGGAGGACAUGCUACGCAGCGUGGAAGCCUCCCAGGCACAGGACGAGGUGGAUGGGCCGAAGGUUCUCUCGGAGGAUGAACAGCUGGCCAAGGGCUUGCAGCGUUUCCGGGAUGCCAACCAGCGCAGCAUGUCCGAGCGCUCGAGAGCAUCCUCUCAAGCUGAUCGUUCCAAGUCGUUGAGUCGCCCGCAGACGCCUUCGUCGGCUGUGAUCAUUGAGCGGCGAGUGCCCACUCCCAGUCUGGAACAGGAUGAUCCGGCUACCGUUCAAGCAUCCCUGAUUGUUCGACCCAUCAGUGCCGCCGAUCUAGAGGAUGAGGAACUGCGUCGGGAGGAGGAGGAACUGCGCCGCGAAGGUCUACUCUCUGACAGCUCGGUCCAAAGCAAGUCCGAUGUGGAGGAGGAGUUAGAGCAUGGUGAUGUGGGCUUGCGCGACUAUGCGGCCAGCUCGGCGGAUCUGGAUGCGGCGGUGGAGCAACUGCAGCAGGCGCAGCUGGAGAGUGACUAUGAUAGCAGGUUGGAAGAUGAUGAGGUGGAACGCACACUCCGUGACAGUGAAUACGAGGAGGAAAAGUAUUCCGACCGUGAGAAGUACUCUGAACAGGAAGAGUUGGAUGAGGAGGAGCAAAUAACCGAGUUGGAGAAGCAGCUGAGAGAGCAGGAAUUGGAAGAAGCUCUGGAAAAGGAGCUGCAGGAAGCCAUGGAAAAGGAAUUGUCCGAUUACAGGCAAAAGGAAAAGGAGCAGGACCAGCAACACGAGCAGACCUUCUCGGAAGAGGAGCCAGUGGCUUCGGAAAUAGACUAUCACCCAUCCGAAGAGGAGCCAGUGGCCUCGGAAAAGGACUAUCGUCCAUCCGAAGAGGAGCCAGUGGCCUCGGAAAAAGACUAUCAACCCUCAGAAGAGGAGCCUGCGGCCUCCAAGAUCGAUUACCGGCCCUCCGAAGAUGAGCAAGCAGUCUCAGAAGGAGAGCAACCGCUCUCCGAAAAGGAGUAUCCCAUUUCUGAUACAGAGCCACUUCAAUCGGAACCCGAAAUCCCCGUAGAAGAAGCCCCCAUUGUCAAAUCCACCGCCAUUGAACCCACCGAAGCCGAAGUCGAGCUCAAAUUCGUGGCUACCUUACCCACUGAACCCGCCUAUGAAGAAGAGUUACUGGAGCCCGAAGCUGCCCCACUGCCACCGCCACGCCGCCGAUCCACCACCGCCCUGGAAGCCGCUCUAGCCACAAGUCUGACUAUUGCCGAGCAGUCCAGCCGGGAGCUCACGCCUGUGCAAUCUCUGCAGCAAUCCCCGCCAGAACCACAAUUGCCCAGCCGUCUGGCUGAACUGGAAGUGGAGCGUCUCAGAGUCCAUGCCCUGCAGGCUGGUCAGAUUCAAGUAUCCCAGCUCCAUGGCGCACAAAUUAAAGCCGACGAACUGGAAUGUAAGUCUGGACAGCUGGUGGUUCAAAACAUCGAACUCCCGCCUGGAUUCAUUGAUGACAUUGUCGAGCGAGUGCAGCGAGAACAGAAACCUUCGCUGCUAACAACAGAAACCCAGACCAGCCGGCAGCCCAGCAGCGAACCGUCCGAGAAGGAACAGCCCGUGAAACCCCCGCGUCACAGCAAGGCAACAGAGCAGCAGCCACAUCAGCAGGCACCGGUUGCCUCCACCUCCACCUCCAAUCUCGACGAGCAGACGCAGACAGAGGCGGGCUUGCUGCCACCAGCGGCUUAUCCUAGUGUGGAGUACCUCCAGUCCCUGGCCCCAUUGGCUUUCUACAAUCUGCAGCGCAGCGCCGAGGCGGAAGCCACAUCGGCUGCGGAUAGGAAGGCACCACACAAGUGCCGACGUCGCCAUGUCCAGGAACAGCACACAGAGCAGGAAUCCGGGUCCGAGAUAGAAGAUCAAGUGGUAGAACGACCACGCUCCAGGUCUCGCAGAUCACGUACCAGGAGCGCCACUCAGCCGCCAGAGGAGGAGUACGAUGAGGAUCAGCCCAAAACGGUGGUCCAAGCCGGUCGGCAGUUCAUCUCCGCCUGCAGCCUGGAGCUGGUUAACAUCAUAAAUCAACUGACCCAUGUCGUCCGGGGAGAGGCCGUGGAGCCGCAGCAGCAGCCGCGGAACAUAUCGGCCCUGAUGGUGCUUUUCAUUCUGAUAACAUUUGGGGUUCUGGUCUUCCUGCUAACCGGUCGACAGGUGCACACACAUCAUUGGGACUACUUUAAUCCACCGGGGAACGAGGGUAGGCAGACGUGAGACGUAAUUAGCUAGGGAGGGGAACAGAUCCCUAUCUGGGCGGUUUUGCAUUUUGGAUCGAAUCUCGCAUCGAAUCUCGAGAGAAGAAACGAAUUUAAAUGCGGCCAUGUGGUGGUCGCUCGAAACUUGAAGGCCUUAAAAAUGAUACAUACUAACGCGAAUUACUUUAGGGGGAGGUGCGCACGAGGGGCGUGGCCCGUGCUACUAGUCAAUGGAAACAAUCGAAGCCAUAAGAAUCCCAGACAUCUACUAACAACCCAAAAAAUAUAUAAGGGAACAUUUUUCAACGAUAUAUCGUAUAGGAGAUCUAAAAACAAAACGGAAGCACUUGGAGCAACAACCAUGUAUUAAUUAUGUACUUAACUAAUGUACUCAUAGUACAGAUUUUUUUUAGACGCCGCUCGAGAGUUUGUUUCAAGAAGGAGCGAGGACUAAUCCACACAAAAACUUACUUUGUUUGCUCAUUUUUCUACAAGAUUAUUAAAAAGGGAAGGCGAGAGAUUCAAUUGUUGAACAAAUUGUUGUUUAAUUUAGACCAAGAAAAAACUUAGCAACUAAUAUUAAAAGCAUACACUCUUUUUCAUUGAAUUCAUUUGAACGUUAUAAAUUGAAAAAUGCGGAUACUUAGCCAGAACGUGAACAUAUAUACAUAAAUAUAUAGAGAAGCGUAUUUUCAAUAAAGCAAAAUGAUAUAAAAUAAUAAA